AUGGCUCCCGAUAUCAACUCGAUGGCCCAAUGGACCACUGAAGGUUAUGCCAAUAACGGUGUACCUCGACAGGAAUAUGAAAUUCCCGAUAUCGUGCUGCAUGGCCCCUACACCAGGAAGAUCCGUGUCUUGUCUAUCGGUGCCGGAGUGACGGGAAUUAUGAAUGCCUAUCAUAUCCAAAAGUUUCUACAGAACGUGGAACAUGUGAUCUACGAGAAGAACCCUGAUAUCGGAGGCACUUGGCUAGAAAACAGAUAUCCAGGUUGCGCAUGUGAUAUUCCGAGUCAUGCAUAUACCUACCCUUUUGCUCUUAACCCCGACUGGCCUCGUUUCUUCUCUUACUCGCCUGAUAUCUGGAAAUAUCUCGACAAGGUUUGCGAAACUUGGGGCCUCAGAAAAUACAUGACUUUCAACACCGAAGUGGUUGGCUGCUACUGGCAGCAAGAGACGGGCGAAUGGCUCGUCAAACUCAAGGAGACGAAACCCGAUGGAAGCACACGCCUUUUCGAAGACCGGUGCCACAUGCUCCUUCAUGGGACUGGUAUCCUGAAUAACUUCAAGUGGCCCAACAUCGAAGGGAUGGAGAAGUUUAAGGGGAAGAUUAUGCAUACCGCUCGGUGGCCCAAGGAUUAUCAGGCCGAGCAAUGGAAGAAGGAUCGUGUCGCUGUUAUCGGCUCUGGCGCCUCCAGUAUUCAGACGGUACCAACCAUGCAGCCACACGUCAAACAUCUUGAUGUGUUCGUCCGGACGGGUGUCUGGUUCGUGCAAAUUGCCAACAACUUCGGUGCGAACCAUGAGUAUACGGAUGAGCAGAAACAAGAGUUCCGCGAUCCAUACAAAAUCACCGAGCAUGCCAAAUCCAUCGAGGACCAGGUCAAUGGACUCUGGGGUUCCUUCUACAAGAACUCGAAAGCUCAGGCGGAGGGACAGGCUGCUUUGAAGGCCCGUAUGGCUGAAAUGAUAAAGGAUGAGAGACUUCUCAAGGGCUUUACUCCGACUUUUGGCAUUGGUUGUCGCAGGAUUACCCCCGGCGAUCCAUACAUGGAAGCCAUUCAGAAGCCCAAUGUCGACGUACACUUCACCCCUGUCGAAAAGAUUGACGAAACAGGAGUUAUUGGUGGCGAUGGCAUCCACCGUGAAGUCGAUACAAUCGUUUGUGCCACUGGAUUUGAUGUAUCAUACCGUCCUCGCUUCCCCAUCGUCGGCCAGAACGGAGUCGACCUAGCCGACAAAUGGAAGGUCUGCCCUGAGGGCUACCUUGGGCUCGCGAUCCCCGAAUUUCCCAACUUUUUGACAUUUAUCGGGCCCAACUGGCCUGUGGAGAACGGCAGCGUUAUGGGCCCGCUGAUGUACGUCUCGUAUUAUGCUCUGCAGAUGAUCAAAAAGCUCCAGUCCGAGUACAUUUGCAGCAUCUCGCCGAAGCAAGAUGUCACGGAUGCGUUCAACGAGCAUUGCCAGGAAUGGGUCAGGCAUACCGUUUGGGUUGAAGAGUGUCGAUCAUGGUACAAGAACAACGAGACAGGUCGUGUGAACGCCGUAUGGCCCGGCUCCUCGUUGCAUUACAUCGAAGCUAUCAAGACACCUCGCUACGAGGACUUCGAAAUUGAGUACCUCGGACCUGCCAAGAAGAACAUGUGGGCAUUCUUGGGCAUGGGUACUGUUCAGGCCUUGGUCAACAAAGAGGAUGUAUCACCCUACUUGAAUCCCGAGGCCAUUGAUCCGGACUGGAUGAAGGCUGUCGGCAUAGAUGCGAGCAAGUUGCACGAGACCAAGAUGAAGGAUCUGCAAGCCAAGCAUGAGGAGCAAAAGGAGAAGAGUAAAGAGAACGUGCAGAAGGUGGUUGUCUCCUGA